AUGCAGUCCAGUUCAGAAUCGCGGGUCCUCCGUACCUUGGGCCGAGUCGAACGUUACCAGUCCGCUCUGCAUCUGCUGGAUCUCUACCCUAGCACUGUCUUGACCUGCCAUUAUAAAAUCCCACAUCAUUUCAUCACAACCCCUGCGAGUCAACUGGAUCUUGAAGAGUUUUGGGAACGUGCAGUUGCCAGAAACAUCGUCCAGCAUCCUUUGAUGCAGGUUGGUCAAGUCAAUGAAGACUCGACGGAACCAGCAUGGGUCCGGCUCGAUACUGUCGACCUGUCUCGACAUAUUUCCUGGAGACUGGUCAGCUCCUUGGAAGACUACCCUACAAUUCGCAAGCAGAUACUUAGCGAGCAGCUCAUCACAAAAUUCACUGAUCUUGAAACUCGCCCUGGCUGGAGGAUGGUGGUACUGAAGCAAGAGUCCGACGAUUUAAUGGAGGUGAUCCUGGCUUGGAAUCAUCCCCAUUUCGACGGAACCGGUGCAAAGAUAUUUCACGAAACCAUGCUCGAGACUCUAAAUCAGGCCGGUGGAGGCUCCGACCUUCAAAUUGUCCGCAACCACAUUCUGGAGACAGUGGUUAACAGGCAAAACCUCCCACCUCCUCAAGAGACGGCAGGUAACUACUCUACUUCCUUUGGCUACAUUGCCGAUACGAUAUGGGAAGAUGUAAAGCCAAAACUCUUUGGCUGGGCAUGUACACAUCCAGCUAUUUGGCCACCUAUUUCUCCAAAGCCUUACGAAACGAGGUUUCGAACCUUGACUAUUGACAACCAGAUGCUCCAGGGUGUGCUCGCGGCUUGUCGAGCGCACAAGACAACUCUGACGGGUCUCCUACACGCCAUCUCCCUCAUCAGUCUCACUCCACACGUUCCAAAAGAGGUCUCUGAAGUAACAGGUAGCACGCCUCUCAACCUGCGGCGGUUCAUCCCAGCGCGGUCGGAAGCGUUCCCUGAUCUUGAGCCUGACAGGACGGUAAGCUGCUGCGUCACUUCGACAGAACACAGGUUCAAUAACGAGCUGCUGGAUCAAAUUAGCGAUCGGAUCAAGACUGCCGCGGAUGACUCCAAGUUGGCAACUUGCGCAGACAUCAUGUGGGAGGUGUCGGCAAGAGUGCGGGAGGAACUUCAAGAGAAGCUCAGCCAAGGCCUCAAGAACGACUUGGUCGGCAUGAUGGGCUUCAUCUCGGACUGGAGAGAGCAUGCCAAGGAAGCACAGCGAAAACCGCGGGCAGCCACUUGGCUCGUCACCAACCUGGGAGUCCUAGACGGAGAGAAUGGCUCAGACCAGCUGGCAGGGACAUGGUCAAUUCAGAGGGCAGACUUCUUGCUAAGCGCUGACGUUGCCGGCCCAGCGCUUACUAUCUGCCCUGUCGCUGUUAAGGGCGGAGAUCUGACCAUCAAUGUUGGCUGGCAGGGAGGUGUUGUUGACGACGAACUGGGAGAACAUCUUGUGGGUGAUAUUGAGAAAUGCUUUCGGGAUGUGGCGGUGACGCGUUAG